UCAAAAUGGGACUAAUUAUGUUCUUUUGUGUCAUAAGUUUGGAUUGAUGAUUGGCCAAUGAUAAUUGAGGAUAAACUCAAUGUUUACAAUUUAGACAAUCAUCUCAACUGUGUAAAUGAUUAAUGUUGACAAUCAACAAAAGUGUAAACAUGUUUAAAACCUAAAGCACUUGAUGAAUAUUUGAUAACCAAACCAAAUGUAAACCAUUUCAACUGUAAUCGAAUUCAUUUUCUUCGUGAUCAAUUAAAAUUAGUCAAUUUAAAAGUAAAUCAUCAUGAAGAGAAUUUGAAUUUCUCAAAAGAGAACAAACAAACAAAAAAAGAAAGAAAGAAAAGAAAGAGAAAAAUAGGAAACAUUGUUUGUCUUCGAUCACCUGGUUGCAAGAACUUCACUUUCUUGGUCUCUUUCAUUUUCUAUUUACUUUAAUCAGUUUCAUCUUCAUUAAGGGUUAGAAUUUAUUUCACUUAAUCAGAUUGAACAUCUUCAGUAAUUUGAGCUGAUUGUUAUUCCUGAACUUACACUUGAUCCAAUCAUCGUCGUUUAUUGUUAAUUUGUGUGGAUUAACCAUCAACCCUCAACAUAUGUUAAUCCAUUUGUUGGUCUACAUUAAGUUACCAAUUGUAUUGGAUUAAUUUUCACAUUUCUCUCUCCUUAAAUUACUCCAACAACAUGGACUAAAUUAAGUUAUGAUCAUUUGAUAUACUUUAAGUUAUAUUAAUCAUGAUUUGGUUAAUUUAGUUUUCUAUUCUUCUGUAUCUUGGUGACUCAUUUGUGUGAUUCUAACAAUUGGAUUGGUGAAAUGGUUUUCAAUCGUUACCAUUGUUUUCAUUUAGAUUUAGUUGUUAAAUUAAAUGAUGCGAUCAUCCAGUGUUUCUAAUUGUUGGUUUUACUCUUUUAAUUAUGACUGAUUUUAUCGCCCAUGAAUUGGAAUCAAGAUCUAUUCACAUUUUCACCAAUUUACGGGAAAAAUGUGCGAAAGGUGAUGUUGAAGGUGCUUCUAAAUUACUGGAGAGCUUGGGUAAUGAGGCUUCCAUCAUAAUCAAUGCCACACCGAAUUCUGGUAAUACCCUUUUAUUUUCGGCCUGUGAAGAGGGCAGGGAAGAAAUUGUUCGAUUAUUGGUUGAAUACAAGGCCGAUGGACGAAUUCACCCUGUCACUAAAUACUCGCCUUUAUACAUCGCUUGUUAUUCUGGCAGAACCACAAUUGUUGAAUAUCUAUUGACCAAAUUUCCUGAGUUGGUGAAUGUAGAGACAGUCGAGAAAUGGUUACCCAUCCAUGGAGCUGCGAUACACAAUCAUGUUCACAUUGUAGCUAAAUUAUUGGAAUUUAAUUAUCCUAAGUCAUCACUGGUUAAAUUUGUUGACUCAAAGCGUCAAAUUGAAUAUAAAUUUGCUUUCGAUGUCAAUUCUCAAGAUGUUACUGGGAAAACGCCAUUGUACAUCGCUGCUCUUAUGGGCAAUCAAAUUCUUGUUGAAAUAUUGCUCAAAUUUCGAGUGACUGGUCGUAAAUUAGCCAAGAAAAAGGAUGCACUCGAUUACAAUUCGGUUAAUCAUGAUCCCGAUCCAAGACUAAUUGGUUUAAAUCAACCAUUAACUUCACCAAGAAAGUUAAUAUCUCCAUCGAUCUCAAGUAUUAUUACCAGAUUAAGUUCAUCAUCGGCUUACUCAACCCAAGUCGAAUCUUCUGAUGAAAGUGAAAUGAAAGUGACCGUUGUUGAGACCAAUCUUUAUUGUAACAAUGGCACUGAAACGGCUCUUCAUACGGCAAUUAGACGUAAACAAUACUCGAUCGCAUCCUUACUACUUCAAAAUGGCGCUGAUCCUAAUCUCACAGUUCUAAGUUCAGACGGAUCACCCGAUGAACCAGAUAUUCUGAAAAGUGGUUCAACCUCGUUAGCAAUUGCUUGUAAUGCAAGAGAAUCCAGUUUGGUUGAUCUACUGAUUCGCUUUGGUGCUCGUGAUGAUCAAAGCUUAGCUCUUCAUACAGCAUCUAAAAAUGGAGAUAAACAUUUAGUCUCUCGUCUAUUGGCUUUAAAGUCAUUCCCUGAUCCUGAAUACAAAAUUUAUAAAAAAACUAUGGAAUUUUCUGGUUUCUCUAAUAGAGAAAUGGCCACUUCAGUUACCGUUAGUUCCAUUUUUCCGACUACACCAGUAAUGGUCAACUGGUACUCACUUAAAUGUCUCCAGCACAUUGAGCGUGAAUGGCUUAUUAGUGCGAGUAUCGCUCAUAACAUUAAAUUUAAAUUGGACAGUCAAAAGCAAUCAGUGGUUCUUAAUGCAAUCACCCGUUUGGACCUUUCAAAUAAUAAUCUAUCAUCGGUACCAUUUUGUAUCUUUCAACUUCCUUCCCUUCGGACCUUAAACCUUUCGCAAAACUGUUUGACCACUUUACCUGAAAUCGAAGAUGCCAAACCCAAUCCAUCUUCAAAUCAACCUGGUAAAAUGAGAAAAUCGAAAAGUUAUCUAUCCAAUCUUAAAGCUCCGUCUUCAUUUGUUUGUACUUGGUUUCUACCUUGUCUCGAGGAAUUGUACCUACAAAAUAAUCGAAUCGAUUUACUUCCCCAUUGUGUUUUCGAAUUACCUUCACUUCACUUACUUGAUCUCUCCAACAAUAAGUUGACCACUCUACCUAAUCGCUUAUGGUCAGCACCUAAACUUCGUGAUCUCAAUCUAUCCUACAAUCUGCUUCGAGAGUUACCUCUCAAGUUACCUCCAACCACUCCAUCUGGAUCAGUCGAAUCGCCGAAAUUAAUAAGCUCAAAGUUUAAUCAUCAAGAUUUUUUCGAUGAUGAUACUUUCAGUUCACUUAAAUCAAUUGAAGUACUUAAUCAACGCACAAUGAAACAUGUAAAUCUCUGGAACUCAGAUGUUCACAUAGUCACCGAUACUUUACCUGAGGAAUCAGCUGAAGUAGUUAAACAAUGUAAAUUAAUCAAUUUGAAUCUUUCCCAUAAUGGAUUCACUGAGAUACCCGAAAACUUGGCCUGUUUAGCGGUAAAUUUAUCUCGGCUUAAUCUAAGUUACAACAAUUUAGGAUCCAUGGGCAAUGCCAAAUCAUAUCCAGUGAGCUUAAAGCAUCUCGAUUUAAGUCACAAUCGAAUCAAAAUAUGGCCAACAACGAACUUGAAUGAUUCCGAUGAUCAAGCAAAACAUCACAUUUGCUACGGAAUAAAUUGUUCAUUUGAACUUCCACCUUCUAAAUCAUCCAAAUUGAAACGAAUGAAAUUUUGUCUCCACAAGCAACACAAUCGAUUCACAUCACUUAAAACGCUUAUUUUAUCUCAUAAUCAAUUGGUCAACUUGAUUAUCGCCAAUGACGAUCAAAUUGCUCUAGAAGAGUUUGAGCCUCUACUCGAAGCAGACGGUAAAGCUCAUCGAUCUCAAAUUUCUCGAACUCUUUUCCCUUCUCUCUCAAUGCUGGAUGUCAGCUAUAAUUAUAUCAACGAAGUUCCAAAAAAUAUCUGUGAACUAUCUCACCUUUCAGUGUUUAAUAUCUCAGGGAAUCCAGAUAUUAUUCGUCUACCCCCACAAAUGGGACUAUUGUCCAAACUUUGGAACCUGAGUACAAGCGGUUGUAAUCUAAACGAACCUUUGAAAACGAUGAUCGAUGGUAAAAAGUAUAAAACAAUGGACAUCAUUGGUUACCUCAAAUCGAUCCUCGAGAAUUCCAAAUCUUAUGCUCGAAUGAAAUUAAUGAUCGUUGGUAUCCAGGGAAUUGGUAAAACCUCAUUAUUAGAACAAUUAAGACAAGAAGGAACCGGAAGUUAUCGACGUAAACCUCCUGAACAUUGGAGUAAACGAAUUGGUAAUAAAAACAUUAAUCUGAAAACACCUAAAGGAGUAACAUUGUCAACUGUUGGUGUUGAUGUUUGUGAUUGGGUUUAUGAGAAGAAGGUGAAAGGUCAACCUUCAUUCGGUCCAGUUACUUUUCGUACUUGGGACUUUGGUGGACAAAGGGAAUAUUAUGCUACUCAUCAAUAUUUUCUUUCUCGGCGAUCUUUGUAUCUUGUUCUAUGGAAAAUGAUUGAUGGAGAAAAGGCCGUCGACGGAAUUCAACAAUGGCUUGUUAAUAUUCAAGCUCGAGCUCCGAAUUCACCAGUAAUCAUUGUUGGGACUCAUUAUGAUCUAAUUAGUGACUAUUUUCCUCGAAUGUACUCAGAAGAUUUACAGCAAAUGAUUCGAGAUAAAUUUAUGAACGUCAUCGAUCCAGAUAAAUGUGGCCUUCCAAGAGUCAUCGAUUCCAUUGAGAUCAGUAUAAAGACUCGUCAUAAUAUUAAAACUCUUUGCAAUCUAAUUUAUGAUACGGUAUUUGACCUGAGAUGUCCAGGGUCCAAGGAAAGGUUAUUGGGACAAAAAAUACCUGCAACUUACUUGGCACUGGAAGAUGUCAUUGGCUUUUUAGCGGUUGAACGACGACUUUCUGGAAAAGAUCCCGUUCUCAAAACUGAACAAUACAAAAUUCAAGUUUCCAACGAAAUGAAAAAACGAUUUGGUCUCUCUUUCCGUGACGAUUCAGAGCUUCACCAGGCCACUACCUUUCUACAUGAAAAUGGAGUCCUCCUUCACUAUAAUGACGCCACACUCAAAGAUUUAUAUUUUCUUGACCCUCAAUGGCUUUGUGAUCAACUCGCUCAUAUUGUAACGAUUCGAGAAAUUAAUCCUUAUGCUAGAAACGGUAUCAUGAAAACCGAUGAUUUGAAGCAUUUAUUCAAAACUUCCGAGUUGUCACGAAAUGAUAUCAAAUAUUACAUAAUCAAUUUACUGAAUAAAUUUGAGAUCGCACUGACCUGGGAUAGUCGCACCUUGAUGAUACCUUCAUUAUUGCCUAGUGAAGAGGCGAUGCUUUCGGGUGUCCCUAGUUGUGAUGUGAGAAUUCCUGUUCGAUCAAGGGGUUGGGGACUUAGAACCGGUCGAUAUACUCCGGUAACCGAAUUGGAAACAAAAAGUUUGUCCAAAAAAAGUGAAAAAAGUUCAUCGUCAUCAAAAGACUCAAUGUUAUCCUUUUCUAUCAUUCAUCGACCCGAGAAAUCAAUUUAUCGUUUAUUACUGAUGACUUAUUUUCCUAGUGGUUUCUGGUCACGAUUAAUGACCCGGGUUCUUGCCGAUGAUGCCAUCAUUGAAAUCGUCCGUUCAUUUUACAGGGUUCCUCUUGAAUUUGAUUCGGACAUAUUGUUGCUCAAUUUCCUUAAUCGUAAAUCAGAGUGGAUUUGCUGGCAAACAGGAUUCGCAUUGAGACAUCUCGACCAUGUUGUUUUUCACGUUAAAGAGGUCAUCUUAUCAUUGGAAAACGGGAACUAUGAUCAUUACCAACAAACACCUUACCUGAUUAAGCAAGAAGGUAUUUGGAUGAAUGUUGAAAUAACUAAAUCAUCAAUUCUUGAGAUUCAUUUACCCAAUCAUGCCAUGAAUGUGAAAACAUUUUCACCCGCUGGUGAACCUCGAGAUUAUCUCAUCGAACCUAAUUUAGAAUAUAUUUCUAAAUUGUUGGCAUUAACUGUUGACCAUAUCGACACUUUAUUAGAGGAUUGGUAUCCAUCGUUAGGAACUCGUUUCGUUCACACUUCUGAGGGAAAAUUUCUGAUAACUCGAAUGAUACCCUGUACUAAGUGUUUCCUCGGAGUGACAUCACCAUCAUCAGAUGUAUCAGUUUCAUCAUCAUCUUCAACUUCUCGUGAUUUAGUGCUUCUCGAAUCAAGCGGAUCAUCUUCAGUAGAGAUCAAAGAUUGGUGGUCAGUUUCAUUAACCAAAAAAUCAAAAAUUGGAUCAGUUAAAAGUGUCAACUCUCUGGACAGUGGAGUUGACAAUUGUAGCUCAGUUUCAAGUGCCAAUGUGUCAACAGAUAAUUGUCAGAAUGUCAACAAUCAGAGUAAUAAAAAACAAUCAACUGAUCGUCGACUCACCGGUAACCAGGAUUCAUAUUCAAUCUCACAUGGUAAAAGUAAAGUGACCAGUAUUUACUCAUUCAUGGUGGAAGAGUGUAUUCUUGAAGCUUCCCAAGAGAAAUCGGUAAUUUGUCCAGUCCAUGAUUCGAUCGACCUGAAAAUCAUCGCUCCUGAUAUUAUGUUCCUAGACCUUGGUGAACAUUACUUGAUAAAACCAGAAACGAUUCGUCGAGGUAAAAUGUUGGGUCGAGGGGCUUUUGGUUUUGUUUUUCGAGCUUCUGUCCGUCAACGAGGGUCAAUCAGUGUUACCGAUGUUGCAAUGAAAAUGUUACAACCCGUUGACCCAGGAUAUGGGGCUAAAAAUUCAGAUUCAGUGGCAUUUAAAGCGGCAUCAAAUAAAUGGGAACGUGAUCCUUUACAAUAUGCUUGUAAAGCUUAUUGUAUUGCUCGACAAGAGUUGAACAUUUUGUUGACCCUUCGACAUGUGAAUAUUGUCCCUCUAGUUGGUGUUUGUCCGCAUCCAUUAGCUUUAGUAUUACGUUUAGCCCCUCAAGGGGCACUUGAUUUAACUAUCAAAGACUAUCGACGAUCCGGCGCUCAAUUGAACUACUUCGUUUUACAAAAAGUGAUCUUGUCGAUUGCCAAAGCAUUAGAAUAUCUUCACCAACAGCGAGUCAUUUAUCGUGAUUUAAAAUCUGAAAAUGUACUAAUUUGGGAGAUACCGAGACCUUACUGUUUACCGGUCAACUAUUGUGGGGAAGUUCGUGUCGAUGUCAAAUUAGCUGAUUAUGGUAUAAGUCGAGCGAUUCUACCAACGGGUGCCAAAGGAUUCGCUGGAACUGAAGGGUUUAUGGCGCCUGAAAUUAUGCGAUACAAUGGCGAGGAAGAGUAUACAGAGAAAGUCGAUUGUUUCUUUGGAAUGUUCAUUUAUGAGCUUCUCAGUUUAAGACAACCUUUCGAAGGUCAAGAUUGUGUUAAAGAUCAUAUUCUUGAAGGAAAUCGUCCCAUCCUAACGGAACGUGAUACUCUUUAUCCGUGUUACUUUCUCGACCUUAUGGUGCUAUGCUGGUCUCAAGCUCCCGACCAAAGGCCUUCAGCUAGUCAAAUUGUCUCGAUCGCCAGUGCACCCGAAUUUGUCCAUCUUUUGGAUGUGGUGAUACUUCAGGACAAUUACGCUCCAAUUAGUUCAAUCUUGAUUCCCAAUAGAAAUGAAAAGUGUUUUGAAUUAUUUGUUGGGCGGCAUGGGAAACAAACUGACCUACUGAUUGGUAACAAUCAUGCUUGGCAAGAUUAUCGAUCUGUCAAUGGACUCAUGGGACUAACCAUAACUUCAAUGUGUACUGUCGGGAGUUACCUUUGGCUUGGUGACGGUUCUUCUUGUGUUCACAUUUUUCACUCUGAUACUUAUCAAGAGAUCACCAAUUUCCCUCUCGAGUCUUCUAGUAAUGAAAUUGUUGUAACUUCGAUACGAAGUAUGAUCUACUUGGAAACACUGGGAUCAGUUGCCGUUCUCAACAAUUCUGGUCAGCUUUGGAUCGUGGAUGUUGCGUCGCUAACUGCUCGUGAGAUAUCAACACAAUCAACUAAUCCAUUUCUCUGCAUUGUCAGUUUGAUCAAAUCAAAUGAAACUCCAGAACUUUGGUGUGGUCAAGCUGAAGGAUCUUUAUCAAUUAUGUCUUUUACCAAUGGGACUAACGAAGAAAAAAUCGAUUUACUUAAUCAUUAUUCAGACGAUAAAUUGGACUCGACCGAUAAACUUGAUGUGCUACAAAUCACAUCAAAUAAUUUUCACGCUUGGACUUAUUUGUAUCCUGGUUGUUUGGUUUACCAAUGGGACAUUGUUAACCGAUCACUUCUUCAUAAACUUGAUUGCUCUAAAUUGUUACCAUGUUCAGAAUCAAUCAGAUCUAUUGGAAUCGAAGAGCAAGUUUAUCCCGAAAAUUGUCAAAUUACAUCGAUGACAAUCGCUGGAAACGAACUUGUCAUCGGUACAACUUGGGGAUGUUUAAUCAUCUUGGAAGCAUCAACAAUGAGGCCAAUCACCGUUUUCCGACCUUAUGAAGAUGAGAUCCGGAAUAUUAUUUAUUUCAAUGGAAGUCAAGUUUUUGAUUGCAACUCUGAUUCCAACAGUUUAACCGAUCCUAAUGAAAUCAAAGACCAAAGUGUCAACAGUUCCUCUAAUUGUCAACAAUCAACAAGUGACGAAUACAUAAUUACCAUUGGAAAAGGUUAUCGUAAUCUUGCCAAUCGUUUUGUUCAUGACUCAAGAGAUGGUGAAAUUCAAUAUUAUAUGAAUGGAUUUUAUUGUAUCUUAUGGAAAUCGGGUAAUUGGAUAUUAAAUUAGCAACAAUUAACAAAAAAGUGAAAUCAUAUUCACUGCUGGACAAUCAAUAUCAUCAUCAUCUUGGUGAACAUGCAAUCUAAACUUAGAGACACAACCAAAACUUAAUCAGCUAAUUGCUUUCUGCAAUAAUCUAAUUUAUUUAUUUAAUUUUUGUCAAUUUUAAUUAUUGUUAUUAACUGUGAUAACGAUAAUUUCAUUAACUAUUUAUUAGACUUUUCAGUUUAAUUAAGUCUUUCUGUUGAAAUUGUUUACAUUUUGUUUGGCCAUUCCUCUUAAUCUUAAUCAAUAGUAAUUGUUGAGCUAUUGAAAGACACAAUUAGCAUGAAAAUGUGUCCAAAUUUUGAUUUUUAAUCCAGUUAACACUCAAUUUUUUGUAUCAUAUUGAAAAAAACAUCAAAUGAAAUUUUUAAAAAGUAAUUGUAAUUGUAUAAGAUUAACUAAUUGCUCGUUCUGUGAUUUUCAUAUCAGACAAAAUGAAAUAUUUCAAGUGAAACAAUUAACUUGUAAAAAAAUUGAAUUUUACUUAAUUGAAAUUAAAUUAAACUUAAUUCAACUUUUCUAAA